AUGACUAACCACAAAACCAACAACGGAUUCAGUCAUAAUUUUGCUAGCUCCAAAAUCACUCGCGGAUCGACUCCAUCUCCUGUGGGAUCGCUCAACGUGAGCACCCACACUUUGGACAAAGUCAAAGUGGCCAAAGUUACCCUGGAAAAUUACUACGACAACUUGAUCAUUCAGUACAAGGAUCGUCAAAAACGGUACAAAAUUCUCGAAUCAAUGAUGGAAAGUGAAGGACUUACGGAAGAGCAAAAACAAGCCAAACGCACGCUACAUGCAUUGAAAGAAAGUGAAUUCUUGAGGCUGAAGCGCGCCCGCCUCACUGUGGACGAUUUCAUCCCCCUUAAGAUUAUCGGCAAGGGGGCUUUCGGCGAGGUUCGCUUGGUUCAAAAGCAAGACAAUGGUUACAUAUAUGCCAUGAAAAUCCUUCACAAAGUUGAUAUGCUGCAAAAAGAUCAGGAUUGA